CGGCCAUUGGUGGAUGACACACGUUUUAUACAGACAGCAAGUUUAUUUUUGCACGAAGCAAAUUGUUAUAAGCUACAGUCACAAUGAAUCCGUAUCAGAGCAAAGGAACCUGUUGUGGAAAGAUGAAGCGCAAAUGUAAGUGCAAACGAUCAGCCACAAAAAUCACCGUCAAGCAAGAAGUUGUGGUCAAAGAAGAACCCACGGAUGGCGGUGAAUUGCUUCAUUAUCCGGUACCACCAUCGCCAAUUGAAACAAACGCCUCAAUCAAAUCAGAGAGCGAAAGUGACAGCGAAAUCGAUUCGGUGAAGAAGGAAAUUAAGUGUGAAGAUGAAUGUUUGACAAAAAAAGACGACAAGCUACAAGGGGGAUGCAUGAAGGAUGUAGCAGAUAAUGACGAAUCAUUUGGUGGGAACGGAAGCGGACCAAGACCAAAAUUGAACAGCAAAGGAACAAAUCGGAAACAAAAGGAUGAUGGCAAGAUGAAAAACGGCUCAAAAAAAGAUCGCAAAGGGAAAGUAUUGAAGAAACAAAUGGCAAGUGCACAGAAGAAACACAAAUGUCAAAUUCGAACCCACACUGGCGAAAAGCCAUUUGAAUGUGAAACAUGUGCUCAAUUGUUCAAAGUGUCGCCGUGGAUUUACAAAGGAAACAAAAAAGAUCAACCAUGA